CAAUCACUCCCAGAGCAGCCUUCUCCCUCGGCCCCGCCCGCUGCUGUGUUGCUGCUUCUGCUCCGGCCUGGGCUUUCGGAGGGCGGCGAGGGGCUGGAGGAGGAGGGAGGAAAUGGGUGUAGCGAGCUGGAAGAAGGGAAUCGCCCCUCGCGAGGCUUAUUUUUAGAGUCUGCUGCUUCCUCCAGGCAAAUAAAGCCUCCUCCUCCUCUGCCGGGAUGAGGAGAUGAGCGCCCUCCCUUCCUUCCGAGGAGAACUUCAGUGCCAUUUCAAGAAAAUAAAUAGAAGAUAAAUAUCUCAAAUUUGUGUACUGCAAGUGGAGUUGCUGUUGGAAAAAAGACAUGGUGGAUGGCAUGACAAGGCAUUCUGAAAUGAAGCUAAACUGGAAACUAGAUAGAUCCUCAAGACCAGGUUCAGCUGCAGUUAGGGUUACAGAUCUCGGCUGGCAAGGUCUCCUGAAUCCCAAUCCAUCUGUUAAAGAAGAUGAAGAGCUACUUGUGGAUGAAUAUCUUUCUCCCUACAAGUUGAAAGCAUUGACAGGGCUAGAUGAUUUGCGGCAAGUGAAGGCCCUUGAGAUGCAUGUAAACACCAGAGAGAAUAGCCUGGGAAAUUUUGGUUCUUACCUCCCUAAUCUGAAACAACUAAAACUGAAUGGAAGUGUACUUACAUCUGUGAGGGACCUUGGAACAGCAUUGCCUCGUCUUCAAGUCCUAUGGAUGGCUCGUUGUGGGCUCCCAGAUUUAGAUGGGAUCUCUGCCUGCUGCUCUUUGAAGGAGCUCUACAUAGCCUACAACAAUAUUGGUGACUUAAGUCAGAUUAGCCUGCUGGAGAACCUCGAAAUUCUAGAUUUAGAAGGAAACAACAUUGAAGAUCUUAGUCAGAUUCAAUACCUGCGGCUGUGUACUAAGCUGACCAAUCUUACAAUAGAGGGAAAUCUUAUUUGCUUGAAGCCAAGCCCACAGUCUUCAGAGGACCCAGAUUACAAUUACAGAAUUGAAGUGAAAAAACUCAUCCCUCAUUUAAAAUUUUUGGAUGAAAUACCAGCAAAUCAAACUGCUAUUCCUUUUCCAUGCAAAAUGAAUAAGGACUGGUUUAUUGUCAAGGAAUCAAUCAAAGAAGGAAAUUUAAUUGAGGAGGCUUCAGGUUCAGAUUCUCAGUUAGGAUUCCUAACGAGAAGGCUGGGCUCUGCUCUACGGCCUGCUGCAACUCAUUUUUUGCUAGGUUCCAGACCUCAGGCUCUCCAGAGAUCUCCCAGUGCUCAUUUGCUUUCUGGUUGUAGCACUCUCCUGGAAUCCACCAUCUACGAUGAGAUAUUGCCUGAUGAUGAUUCAAGUGACCUGACCCAUGGUGUCAGCAGAGUUAUAUGUGGGAACCCCAUCAAAGCUCUUCAUGCACGAAGACAGAAAUUAGGCUCUACAGUAACAAAUCUGUUCCAGCCACCGUGUCAUCUGGCAGAACAUAAUUAUGAUUUUGAAGAAACUGGCAGUGUAAAUGAGAAAGACAUCUUUGCUGAGCUGAAAGUCUUGCAAGAACAUCAUUACCAGCACUUGCAAGCCCUCCAAAGGGCGAAAUCUCCCCAGCUGCUGAAAAUAUCACACAGUGAUGAAGAAGGGGAAGAGGAAGAAAAAGGCUGCAGCCUGAGUGACAGCUUUGAUGAAGAUUUCAAAGAAGCCUUUCAAGACAUCACACAAAUGAUCUCAUCAGAAGCUUCUUGUUGUCCCCAUCUUUCUCAGAUGUCAUCAGAUUCCUCACAUAGCCUUGCAAAUGCAUUACCAAGCAUUGUAAAGCGCUCUCUCCAACCUUCUCCUCCAAAGUGUCCUUCACCUGCCUCCAUGGGUGUGACAGCUGGACUUGUGAGAACCAGACACCUGAAAAUACCUCAUUCAAAAAAAGCUGUGUUAAAGCUACAGCCUCCAUUAGUUGUGAACAGGGAUGAAGUGCAGCAUAUGGCUGAAAGGACUGCUGCUCUGAAUCUUCACAGAAAACCAGAUUCAUCAUCUAACACAGCAGUCUUCACACAGAGGCAAACAUCUUGUGGCAGCAAACAGAUUAGGAGGCCCUUUUCAGGACCAGCAGCAUUUGGACCAACAAAUAGAGCCACUGUGGAUAGAAGCCUACCUAAGACAAUCAGCCAUCAGAUACCUGUCACUCAUUCAUACACAAAUAUGCCAGAGAGAUUUGCAGUGCUGAACAUGGUCCACCCUCUGACCGCCAAAGCUGCCUUGCAGAGCUUGUCAAAAAGGCCGGAUAUCUCAAUGAUGGCUCAAAGCAAGACUCCCCAGUUGUAGGAAAUACCCGGAACAGCUGUGUAUAUCUUGUUGCCAGGUCUCAGAAGCUCUCAGCUGUACUUGAUUUCCUAUCUUCCCAUGAGCAACACAAGCCAGCUUCUCUGAUUCAGCAGCCUGAUUCAUCACUGAGGGUGACAGAGCCCCUACGCAAGCAGAGCAGUUGAAAGAAACAACUUGAUUUCUCUCCAAUUAAACUGCUGCUGUGGAGAGGGAAUCAACAAUUCCCCCCCAGUGGCCUUUCUUUUUAGCAGCCUUUGAAAGGAAGGGGAGAAAGGGCUUGUGCCACUGUAGUUCCUUCCAGUGACUAAAUCACUGAUGUUUAGAACAGCUGUUUGAGUGGUCUCAGGAGCCAGGGUGGUUUCCUUGACUCAGCUGGUGGGAGGAUGAUACAACUGGUUACCUCAGCUGCAGCUCCAAAGUGUCAGCCUUCUCUCAUAGUGAUUAAGAGGCUGGGAACAAUAGGCAGCUUAGUCUGAAGAACAUGUUUUUUGUUUCAUGUUCCUUGACCAACAAACUUCUUGGUUUCAGGUACUAGAUUCUACUUCAGCUAAUGUAAAUAACCUAUGUUGCUUGGUUAUAAUUUUCAGCGUGGAAUUACCAAAUAGCAAGAAAUGUGAGACCGUUUGACCAAAUCAUUUUAAUUUAUUUGUCUUGAAAGAAAUAUGUGGCAUACCUCGAGACUGUAUUUUCUUCAACUCAGGUGACCAGUAUAUACCCAUAUCUUUAUAUCAAAUGUGGGUGGUUCCUAACAAUUACUCAUUUACCUCAACCUUUUUUCAUGUCUAUUUACAAUAAAUGUACUUUUAGUUCAAAUUUCCCUAAGUUUUAGAGCAUUUUUAGAUUGAAAGAGAAAAAUGCAUUGUUCAUAAGUGUCAGCAUUUAGGUGUGAUGUGUAAUGCUAUUCUAGUAGUCCUGCCUAUCUAUUGGCAUAGAUGGAUACCGUUUUCAUUUGGUCUUUGAUGUGUAAUAUGGAUGGUGUUGUUAUGAAAAUCAGGGACUCCCACGUAUGGCUAGUAGAUGGCCCAGUUUUGAUUGUGGCAUUUGGAGCAAAUGCUGCCAUAUUCAUGGGAUUUGUUAGUUGCCAUAGUUCAUACUGUAUCUUUUUCCACACAAGUCUUACAAACUGUAUCUGCUAACAAAAGAAACAAAGGUUUGUGUGAAUUGAAACUCCAGUAUGUAUAGGUAAUUAUUAUUGUGACUAUUUUGAAACCAAGUAUUGUAGUUUUCAAAAUUAAUAUUGGACAAUUUUGGAGUGAGGUUUACAGAGACAUAAAUUAUGCAACAAUCCAAGCUACAAGCUAUUCCUUUUUGUUCAGAUUUUUUAAAAAUGCAUAAUGAUAUCAAUAACAUUGACAUAAACUCUUCAAUAUGUUCUUAUGUUGAAGCUUAAAAUAUUUGUAAACCAUGAAAAGUCUUAGGUGCUCCAAAACUCUGCUUCUAUUCAUGCCACAGUGGGGUCCUGCUGAAUUUCAUAACUGGAAUAUAGGUUUAUAGGAAAGUAGUACCCAAAAUAAUAUGUGGGAGCAUCAGCCUUAAAAAUAGGUAUAUCCUAUAAAUUAGUUCUUCAGUCCAGUUUUUGUAGUAACUGAAAUUCUGCCUUUUCUACAUACUCAAAAUAUGAGCAAGCAGGCAAUGUAGCCCUUGAUAUGUUCAUAUGGUAUCUCUAUAAAAAACUUAAUGUAGCCAAAGUAUUUUGUAAAUUGGAUUCAGAUUUACAUGCCUAAAUCAAGGAGAUUCCGACCAACCUCAAAACCCCUGAAUCGCAAUGUGUUUUCCCUAAGUAAUUGAAUCCAAUCCACAGAAUACUCAGUGUUAUUUCCAGUCCUAUAGGAAGAUAUUGAACAAACCUAUCAAGUGGUCACCCCUUUCACUUGCUGAUAUCAUGAUGUAUAGGGAAAUACAGAAUGUUUGCAAAGUUAGGCCUUGACUGGAAAAGAAAAGUGACUUUCAUUCAUUUCUUUAUGCUUAAACAUACUGUAGAACUGCCAAUUCCUGUUUACCAAUGCAAAAAAAGUUGACUCCUUUCAAACUGAUUAUGAAAAAGCACCGAGGGAAAAGGUGCUGAAGCCUUCCAGACCUUACCUGACCUUCCAUAAGGACCUUCCCAUUUUCUCUUUCUUUUUUUCUUUUUCUUUUCUGCUUUGCUCACUUUGGUUGAUGGAAAAGUGAUAUAUAGAGAAACAUUUCUGGGAGGAUGCUGCUUGGGGAAGCCAUCAAUCAUAGUUGGAGAAUCUGACCCUUAUUAGAUGCCAAAUUACUUGCCAACUUCUCAGUUCAGCAUGGAGAUCUUUCUUCGCUCAACCUAUCACUAUUUUGGUUGAUCAACAGUGAGAGAACCUGUUCACAAUGAAACAGGAUACUUCUUCUAUUCUCAUGCUAAAACACCUCAUAAUUUGUAAGGCGAUUCUUCCUUCCAAAGUAGCUAAAUGCAUAUUAAUACUUGCUUCAGAACAGGAAGUACAACUCAUGAAAGUAAGUAUACCUUGUCAGACAAAUUAGGAGGCCUGCUUUGUAUUUGAAGAAGUCACACACUCAUCUUCGCUCCUAUUCAUUAGCUUGCUGUUUAGCAUUGCAGCAUUUCCUUAGAUGCAGAUCAGUUGUAGCAGGAAGAUAUAUCAUAUAGUUGAAACCAUAUUUUGAGUGAGCACUAUUCUAUCCUAUCAGAGAUACCGCGGGAAUUGUUGUCAAGCGUUGUCUUGAAUGUCUGAAAAAUAAAAGAGAGAGAGAUAGUCCAUAAUAUAAUGGCCACAUGUGUCUUUGAAUACUGCUGUUGGACUUCACAAAGUGUAGUGCUCUCCUGUUAGAACUAUAUAGAGACUAUUUUGCUCUAUUUGUUGUGGCCAUUGCUUUGUAGCUGUCAAGACAAGAUUUGGGAAAAGAUAUUGAACAUUUUCUUGCCUCUGCCACACCUUCUAUUUUUCCUUUCAUAAUUUUCCAACUUAGAAUGCCGGUAAAAUAUAUGAGUGGGAAAAAACAAACUCAUGUCAUUCUUCCUUUUUUCUGUUCUUAAGAUAAAGCCUGAAAUAGCAUAACCUCUCUCUCCAUUCAAUCCUAUUUAAAAACUCUGCAAAAGGCAUUUUAUAUGUUUAAUCUGACUUGUACAGCUGCAAAAGUGAUGGAAUAUAAAGUUGGUUAGCAUUUGUUCAAUAAAAGUUAUUACUCAAAGCCUGAA